UUUCAGUUUACAAAGAAAUCUUUUACCCUACUGACUCGUCAGUAACCUCUUUUUCUAUCAGUACGUAAUCCCGUAGUUUUGAAAUCUCUCCAACUAAGUUCUGCUCUCUCUUUUUCCAAGACGUGCAAGUAUGACCAGUCCAUGCCUGGACCCGCAUCGCACUUAAUGAAAUCUCUACUUUCAUAAACACUUUUUGCGCUCUUCAUUUUUUUGUUCUCGACCUUGUUUUGCAUUUCCUUUUUUUGUCUUACAACUUUAUCACUAUUUUUGCCCAUACAUUUUUAACAUAGAUUUACAUAUGAACGAAACUAGACGAAUCUAGCGACGACCUAGAGAGAACUAACAUGAAUAAGUACCUAAAGACGAGGCGUCCCCAUCUAGCCUCUCGCUGCACGACAACUCUACUUUCCUUAUCAACACCUCCCUCGUUUAAAAAAGAAGCCAUUUUUAGUGACGCGGCCUAUCUGCGACAUGAAUCAAGUGGACAUCCAUAGAUACUUACUUAACAAGAUAUACCAAAUCUCUUUGAUUUCCAACUUUCUGCGCACUUUUCUUUAUCUUUUUCGG